AUGACGAAAAAUCAUAGGCCAGGUUUUUUUGAGUCAACUCUAAACAUUUUUUCAGAAAUAUUAAGUGAUAAUAUAUAUAUUUAUUUAUUUCAAUUAAGGAGAAAACCUGCCAAGAAAAAAGAAGAUGAAGUAGAAUUAAGAGUAAAACUUGAUGAUGAUAUUAACCAAGGUUUAAUUAAACUAAUUACUAAAUAUAACUCAUUUUGCAGUUAUUAUUUUAAUGUGAUAAAUAAUAUAGGAUAUGAAAAUAUAUAUAUAAAAUCAACUCCAAACCAUUUUAUUAAAAUAUUCAAAGCUAUAGGAAUAGCUUUUAGUGGGGAAAAAAAUACUGAAUUCCUUUGUAGCUUAUGCAUGAAUGUUAAAAAUACCAAUUCUUACAUAAAUUCAAUUUCAGUAAAGGAAUUCAUUGUUGAAAAUGUCUUAAUUCGGAACUUUUUGAAUAAUUUAAUAUUUCAGAACAAUAAAGAAGUAGAUUUGAUUAAUUUAAAACUUGUAUCCAACAACAAUUUGUGUAAUAUGCAUUUGAGUGCUAUAAAAUCUAUUAGAACAGUAAAUAAAAAACUUUUGUCAGUUUUCUGUCCUUCUACCAAUAAUGUUUACUUUCCUCCAAUAAUGGACGAAGUUAUACCUAUUUGUAAUUCAAUUGUAGAAUUGGCGUGCAAAUAUUUAAAUAAUUCUAACCCUUCCUGUUGGUCGAUUCAAAUAUUGGUAUGGAUAUCUAGUUUGUUAAGAAUUAGUUAUUAUAAUGGAGUUUUCCAGAUAUUAACUACAAUGGUUUCAGUUCUAAAAAAUAAUAGUUUAAACUAUUCAAUUGCUUAUGGUGUAUUUCCAUAUCUUUGGGAAGGACUACUGGAUAUGUUUUUAUUAUUAGAUCAAGAGAUUGCAAAAUCCUUAAUCAAUAUAUUAAAAAAUAUUCCAAUUUGUGGAAUAGUUUUCAAAUCAGAUAUUUCAAAAAGGUUUUUUAUUGAAGAAAGAAUUAAUCUAUUUAUUAAAUUCCAAGAUAAACUAUCAAAUAAGGUCAGAGAUGUAGAAACAAAAAUUGGGAAAUUACUUGAUAGUAAAAAUUUUCAAAAUGAAAUGUCAAGAAAUGAUCAUUUUGAUCAAUUUCGAUAUAAAAAUUGUAAUUCGAUACAAAAUUAUAGAUUUUUAGAUCAAAACAUAUUUAUUAAACACUAUAAUUCAAAACUAAAGCACAAGCCAUACAAUACUGUGAAAUGUAAGCGUGAAUUUAUAAAUCAAUUUUUUGAAGACAAAUACGACUCAUUUCGGAAUUUUGGUAAAUUGAAAUUAAAUUCUAGAUUAAUAUCUGGCUAUUUGGAAUUCAAAGUAAUAAGGUAUGAAAAUUCAAUUUUAACUUUAAAUGCAGCAUUCAAUAAUAAAAUUUUUCGAAAAGGCGAUUUAAUACUUAUUCAACCAUUUAAUAAGCAGAUUAAAAUUCAUGAAAGACAAAUAAUGUCUUUCAGGCAACUAGCCAUUGUAUUGAAUGUUAUUUUUAUUAAGCAGUCAUUAAAUCUUGGAGGAAAGACAUUAACACUCAAAUUGAAAAUAAUUGACCCUGGGAUAGAUCCAAGUAUUUAUAAACAUUGUGUAAUCAUUUAUUUAUUGAACUAUUAUAAAUAUAAAAAAAAAACAACAUUAAUAAAACGUUAUUCAUUUAAAUUUCCUCAUCCAUAUUUGUCUUUAAUAGAAAAUACCAAUAGAGAAAUAUUUGAAAAAUUGAUUUAUAAUUCAUAUAAUGGAAAAAAUGAAGAUAACAAUAACAAAUUGAUGGUUGUUUUUUCUGAAAAACUAAAAAAUAUAUAUUUAGACCAGGAGAUUGAAAUAAAAUGGAUAUUAUUUAGGCAAGAAAUAUUUAAUUUUAAUAGUUGCUCUUUCUCAAACAAAAGAAAGGAGUUAUUUAGUUAUUUAUUAAAAUUUCCAGGUAUAGAUUGUAAUAUCAUUAAAAAAUUAUUAUACUUGACAGAAAUACAAAAACAUAUUAUAUUGUUGGCUUUAAAUUCGAUUGCAAUGGUAAUUAACAAUAUUAAUUACAAUCACAGAAUAAAUUUAAUAAGCAUGAUCACUUUCUGCAAAAAAACGAUAAACCCAAACUCAAAGAUAAUAAUUAUUGUAAGUAGGUUUGAAUAUGCAAGAAUGAUUAAACAUACACUUCAUACAUUAAACAUUUAUGCAAAAAUAUUAGAAGAAGAAUAUUUACUAUUCAAGUCAGAGCAUUACAUUAAGACCAGAACACAUAAUAUUAAUUUUAAAGAGCUCCCAGGAUAUGAAAAUUGGUUAAAUAGAGAAACCAUCAUUGAGGAAUGUGAUAUAAUUAUUAUUAACAACAUUGAAAUAAACUAUAAGUUUGUUAAAAAGAACUUUAAUAAUGAAAAAAAAUCGAGUGAAAAUUUAUAUUUAAAUCACUUAUUUAUAGAGAAUAUUGGAGUCUUAUCUAAAUUAGAUAUUUUAUUACUAUUCAUACUACCAUUUAAUAGUAUAACACUUUUUAAUAAUGAAUUUAUGAAAGAGAGAUGA